AUGGCAAAAACACCAGAGAAGGAGGAGGAAAUAAAGCAAAAUGCUAAAAGGAAACAUUCUCUUGUUGAAGAAGAAGAAACAGAGGCCAAGAAAAUGAGUUCAGAAACAGCUUUUCAGCUGAAAUCAACCCCACGAACCAAAUCACAAGAAAGUUCUGAUGAGGAAGAAGAAGAAGAGGACAAGAAAAUGAAAUCAGAAACAAUUUUUCCUGGUGAAUAUUCAGAAAUCAAAUUCCCAGAAACUUCUGAAUUGGUAAAUGCACGAUUUGGGGAUGAAAAAAAUCAGAGAUUUGGAUACAGCUUUGAUGGAGAAAUUUUAUCAAGAUUCCCCGACAUAAAGAAAAUACUCGGAUGUAUUGAAGAUUGCACUAUGCCAUUUGAGCAAAAGAUAGUGAAAACAGACGUUGACAAGCUUAUACUAAGCAGAGAUGAGGUGAAAAGUAGAAUUUUGCCAUUGCUGAAAAAGAGUGAUCUUAAAGGUGGGGGAGGAAUCGUAGUGAAGGUUUAUGAUGAAUUCAGUAAAAGUUAUAAGAUGAUGUUCAAGUUCAUUGAUGAUCAGUUCAUGCUUUGCACUAGAUGGAAAUAUUUGUUCGAAGAUCAUAAACUGAAUGAAAAUGGAGAUUGUUAUGCUGCAGUUUGGAUGUUUCGACACAAAAGAUCACGUAAACGAUGUUUUGCUGUGAUUAUGAAGACGUCAAAAACUCAAGAUUAG